AUGGGAGAAAAGAAAUAGAAUCGCUAUAAAGAGGGGAGCCGUAGCAACGCUCAGAUACGCUAUUAUAUUCCUUUCCACCACAAAUCCUAAUCUUCCGUAAGUCUUGUAACCCUAAGGGGUUUGCUCAAGGAAAUGGCGGAAUCAGAACCCAAACAGCCAGCAGAGAUGGUUGAAGGUGACGAGAAAAAUCUGAAGUAUUUAGAUUUCGUUCAAAUGGCGGCGAUCUACAUGGUGGUAUGUUUUUCAAGCGUCUAUAGAUAUGCGAAGGAAAAUUCAGGUCCACUAAAACCGGGGGUCCGAACUGUUGAGGACACCGUCAGAACCGUUAUUGGACCGGUCUGCGACAAGUUUUAUGGGGUACCCUUCCAGCUUCUCAAAUUCGUCGAUCACAAGAUUGACGAGUCUUUGAGGGGGCUAGACAGGCAAGUCCCAUCACAAGUGAAGCGGGUGUCAAUCCAAGCUCGGGCUGUAGCUUAUGAGAUUCAGCGCACAGGCGUGGUGGAUGCGGCGAUGAACAUUACAAAGACGAUGUAUAGCAAGUACGAGCCCACGGCCAGGGAGUUGUACUACAAGUAUGAACCAGUCGCCGAGCAGUAUGCAGUCUUGGCUUGGCGCUCACUGAAUCGACUUCCACUCUUCCCUCAAGUGGCUCAAAUUGCAGUCCCCACAGCUGCUUUCUGGUCUGAAAAGUAUAACCAGGUGGUUGGUUCUGCAGCAGAGGAGGGUUACACGAUAGCAUUAUACCUGCCGUUGAUCCCAAUUGAAAGAAUUUCUAAGGUGUUUGAUGAGAGUAUUGGUGAGCCAGUUGUCUCAACCAAUGGGGUCGUGGCUUACUGAUGAUUGUAGUUUUUUCUUGUUGAUUUUUCAGUUUAAAUGACAUUUAAUGAUUGUAAGGUUUUUGACGAUGGGCUUGGCCAGAAUAUCCUUGAAAUGUUUGUUUUUUGGUCA